UAUUCUUUUGAUACUUUUUCAAUCUCGCCAGCCCGGGGAUUCUCUAGGGAAAUGUCAUUGAUUAUUUAAUGUUUGGGUUUUUUUUUUGCCAUAAGCGCGUGCAGGUGUUUUUAUUACUUUGACGUUGGAAUAUUUACGGUGGAAGGAUUUACUCUGUCGAUGGGGAUUUUGGGGCAUUUCUUCGUUUUCCUGACGCAAACGCUAAGCAAAGGACAGACCAAAAGAGUAGCAUGAGCGAGGUGGAACAACUUGGCUAUCUAAAUGAAUGGAUUGCACUUAUUUGGUUUUUAAGUUUAUCUAAUCAAUUUAGUACGUUUAAUAGCCGGUUAGUUCAAGAAGAGAGAGACGCGAUUUAAGAUUUUUUUAAAGAUCUUAUUUUUUUUAUGUAUUUGGAAAAAUAAUAACUCACGAACAACACGAAAUAUUUAUUACAAAACCCUAAAACAAUGCUAUAUACAUUAAAUAUGUAUAUGUAGAUUAUUCUUCGUUACUGAAAAAUUCAUAAAAUGCACAAAAAAGUGUAAACUCAUCUAUUUUCUGAUGCUCUCCCAUGUCACAUUCAACAAUAUUAGUAGUUAUUUGUCUCAAAACAACUGAAGGAUGACUGUCAAACUGGAUUUUGAAGAGUGUCUCAAGGACUCUCCCCGAUUCAGGGCCGCGAUUGAAGUAGUGGAAGGAGAUGUCAGUGAACUGGAGACGCGAUUAGAAAAGCUGGUUAAGCAAUGCCACUCCAUGCUGGAGGCCGGCAAGGCCUAUUGCCAGACCAACAAGAGCUUUGUGAUGGGUCUUAAAGAGCUGGGCCACCACUGUUCCGAGGACAACAUGAUGGGGGAGUGUUUGCAGAAAUUUUCCAAGAAGCUUGAAGUGAUUCUAGAAGCUCAGGGGGAAGUGAUUGAGGCCAUACAGAAGUCGGUGAAAUUGAAAUUGCAGACCUUUGUGAAAGAGGAUGUUCGUCGGUUCAAGGACGUACGUAAGGAGUUUGAGCGGGGCAGUGAGAUUCUGGAGGCGGCGUUGGGUAGAAACGCUCAGGCCCCUCGUGGGAAACAGCACGAAGUGGAGGAGGCCAGCAACGCCCUCCUGAACGCCCGCAAGACCUUCCGAUCCGGAGCGCUGGACUACGUUCUGCAGAUCAAUGUCAUUGAAGCCAAGAAGAAGACGGACAUCUUGAUGGCGAUGGUGUCUAUGAUGGACGCCCAAUCCCAGUUCUUCCAGCAAGGUCACCAGUCUCUCUCUGAGCUGGACGAAUACCGACGCUCUCUCAGCGAAGAGCACACACAGCUGGUUCUGAACUCAGCCAGGGAGAAGAGAGACAUGGAACAGAGACAUGCCGCCAUUAAGAAAAAGGAUGUGUCGUAUGACAACUCCUUAAUGGAUUUCUGUGCUGAUGCUCCCAAUGGUAUUGCCAUGGAGGGCUACCUGUAUAAGAGAGCCAGCAAUGCCUUUAAGACCUGGAGCAGGCGCUGGUUCUCUAUUCAGAAAAAUCAACUGGUCUAUCAGAAGAAAUUGAAGGAGCAGCCCACAGUAGUGAUGGAGGACCUGCGUUUGUGUACAGUGAAGGUCUGCAGUGACAACGAGAGGCGGUUCUGCUUCGAGGUGGUCUCUCCAGCUAAGAGCUGUAUGUUGCAGGCUGACUCAGAACAUCAGCAACAGGGAUGGAUCAGUGCGGUCCAGAACAGCAUCGCUUCAGCCUUUCAGGAACGGAGAGAAGACCCAAAUAGCCCGAGGGAACGCUGCAGCUCUGUUUCAGGGGGCAGCCCAGGGGGAGGGAUGUAUGGGGAGCAGGAGAAGAUGGGAGGACGACAGGCUCUCGAGGAGGUGCAGGCUAUCCCGGGGAACAGGCAGUGCUGUGAUUGUGGAGAGCCCGGGCCGGACUGGGCCUCUAUAAAUCUGGGGAUUACUCUUUGUAUUGUCUGCUCCGGGAUACACAGGAGUCUGGGUGUCCAUUUCUCCAAAGUGCGCUCCCUUACCCUGGACUCUUGGGAACCAGAGCUGGUUAGGUUGAUGUGUGAGUUGGGAAACACAGCCAUCAACAGAAUCUAUGAGGCCCGUAUAGAUGAGAUGACCAUUAAGAAACCCCACCCAUCCAGCCCAAGGGGCGAUAAGGAGUCGUGGAUCCGUUCUAAGUAUGUGGAGAAGAAGUUCAUCCAGAAGCUCCCGGAGACGGGUCGUAACAUCCCCUUACGACGCUCCAGCGCCCGGAGGAACAGAUCCAACACCCAGGACAGGGUUUCCGGCUCACGGCCCCCUCUGAAGCCCAAACCCAACCGGGCCACCCUGCCGCGACUUACAGGGCUUAGCCAGAGUGACCUUGUCCAAAAGAACAAUACUGGUAUUCACAAAGAUGAUGAAAACGACGAAGACGACGAUCUGUCCGGUCUUCACCCCGGGGCGCUGCUGUAUCGCUCCGCGGCGCUGCAGCAUUUCCCCGUCAUGGCCGACGCGCUGGCGCACGGCGCCGACGUCAACUGGGUCAACACCGCCGAGAACGCCAGCACGCCGCUCAUACAGGCCGUCACCGCGAACUCCUUGGCGGCCUGUGAGUUCCUGCUCCAGAACGGUGCCAAUGUCAACACAGCAGACAGCAACCAGAGAGGACCUCUACACCAUGCUACUAUACUGGGUCAUACAGGACUGGUGUGUCUGUUCCUGAAGCGUGGGGCGGACUACAAUGCCAGAGACAACAACCAGAAAGACCCCAUCACCAUCGCUGUGGAAACAGCCAACGCCGACAUUGUCACUCUGCUCCGAAUUGCCAAGAUGAACAAGGAGAUGCGGGAGAUGGACGGAGCCUUUGGCCAAUCAGGUGAUGAAACAUACCAGGACAUCUUCAGGGACUUCUCUCAAAUGGCCUCGAACAAUCCAGAGAAACUUAAAAGGCGCAGUACUGACUUCAAGAGUUGAACCACCCCACUUCAUUUUUUUUCUCAUGCAGUUUUUAUUUUAGACACACACACACACAUUUGCUGACCACCUGCUCUACAUUAGGUCACUGAUCAGCUGGUGAUGACUCUAGUACAGGCUCCAGUCUGACAAUAAUGUCUUUGUGCCAGCGAAACUCAGGCUAAGUGCCUUCAUGGGACACUUGUUUUAAGAGAGAGAACAAGAUGUACAGUCUGAAAAUGACCGCUAAUACAACAACUUCCCAUUAAAUUAUGUAUUUCCUUGUGGAAUUUGGUUUUCCAGCACUUAUUGUACUGCUGUGACAUUAAAAUAGGAUAUGUUUGAAGUAAUUUUGAAAUGUGCUCUUGUACUUUUUUACAAUUCCAGAUUUUUUAUUGUUGUACAUGUUUAUUUGGGGUGUUGUUUUAGCUGUCUGAGGUACCAGAGCUGUAUUGCCAAUGGACAAUUAAAAUAUCAGUCUAACUUAA